UUCUGUUUCAAAUCCAAAGCUUUCUCAUUUCUCUGCUAUCAGAUUCUCACGCCAGUCGCCAUAGCCAGAGCUCUGCUAUCCCUUCUCAGUUACUUGAACAAGCUAGGAACGAUUUGCAGCAGUCAUGGCCAAGCAUCACCCCGAUUUGAUCAUGUGCCGGAAGCAGCCCGGUAUUGCGAUAGGACGACUGUGCGAGAAACAUGAUGGAAAAUGCGUAGUUUGCGACUCCCUCGUUCAUCCUUGCACGCUUGUUGGGGUCUGCGAUGAAUGCAACUAUGGCUCGUUUCAAAGUAAGUGUGUUAUCUGUGGAGGUGUAGGAAUAUCCGAUGCAUAUUACUGUAAAGAGUGUACACAACUAGAAAAAGACCGAGAUGGUUGUCCCAAAAUCGUUAACCUCGAGAGUGCUAAAACCGACUUGUACUACGAGCGUAAGAAAUAUGGUUUUAAGAAACGAUGAUUGCUGCAUAACUUGUUGGGAUUAGGUAGCUUGGAACUGCAUAUCGAGCCUUUGGGUUUCGACUUUGUUGUAUGUUAGAUGAUGGUAUCUCGAGUACGAUGGCCGGAUUAACAUAUAUAUAUAUAUAUAUCUGCUAUGCAAACAAUUUGUCUUAUUGUUUAUGGAGUUAGAUUCAAUGAGUUGCAUUCUUUUAUUUGAUAUGUGUUCAUAGUCUUGCAUCUAUAUGUCAAUGGGAGAUAAAAGUACCGUAGACAUCAUUAUGCUAGAAGUCAGAUUACCUUUUGCCAUCUCCAUUUAAAAAAUGAGUAAAUUAAUUUCUAUAUGUUAAAUCAAAGAGUAAAUCGGUCUUUUUGUUAAAAAUGUCAUUAAUUUGUAUAGUUAAAAACUGGCGUGAUUGAGGGAAUAAACAAAUAGUGACAGGUUGUGUGUCACAUGUAUCUCAGGAGACAAUUUUUAACAAUAGAAAUGGAUGAAAUUUUUAUCAGAAAGACCAGUUUGCUCUUUAAUCUAAUGUAUAGAGACUAAUUUGUAUAUUUUUCAAGUAGAGGGGGAAAAUGUAAUUUGACUACUAGUACUUACUUUCCAUGGGAUAAUUGUUUUUAGUGAAAGGCUUAUAGAUAUUCAAGUGUUGAACCUAUUGGAUUAUAUCUUUUACGAGUUAUUACAUGAACCAAUUGUACUAAA